AUGAAUAUAUUAUUAGUUACACUCUAUUUAUCAAUCACUUACUAUAGUUGUGCGGAGAGCCGAACAUACCUGGCCUCCACUUCCCGACUAUUACGUGAUUACCUAAGAAUCGUGAGUCCGGGCGACACAAUACAACUGAGAGAUGGAUACUAUUCCGGAAAUUUCAUCGCCAAUCGCAUCGGUAGAGCCAACGCUCCCAUCAGACUCGUGGGCUCUCAGAGGGCUGUCCUCCUAAACAAAGGGGGAACAGCUCUAUACUUGACGGGACAAUAUUGGGUACUGAGGGGGUUCACAGUGAUUAAUUCCCGCAGAGGUAUAGCCAUACAAAAUGGAAAAAACAAUUUAGUCGAAAGGGUUUCCAUCAGAAAUAUGGAUGAAGAGGGCAUUACUAUACGACAGGAUAGCGACAGCAACACUAUUCGCAGUUGUUAUAUAAUCCGCACCGGUAUUCGGUUACCACAGUAUGGCUUCGGUAUAUCCAUCGGAAGCGGUGACCGACAGAGCUUUAGAGGAUAUGCGGACAGAAGCGACCGCAACGUAAUCUCCAAUAAUCGCAUCCAAACGGGUGCUCCCGCGGAGGCUGUCCACGCGUUUGAGGGCACGUGUUGUGGUGCUGUCCGCGAGAACUACUUCGACGGCCGACCCCUCACUAACCUAAAUAACCUCCAGUCGUACAAUCGGUUCUGGGUUUCGAUUAAUGGAAAUAAUUAUCAAAUCGAUAGGAAUAGAGGGGUGAACACAGCCAACGAUGGCUUUCGGGUCCGAAUGUCUGAUGACUCGGACGGACAGAAUGGGCUGAGGAGUGAAGGGGAUGGCUUCGGAGGGCGAGGAGGCAGUGAUCGGGACUAUAAUUCAGACAAUAACGACAUUGAUAUCCAGGGUUGCGGUAAUAGGUUUAGUGGCAAUCGGUGUGAAGCCAAUAGUAAUGGAUUUUGCAUUCGAGUUGUUAAUCCAAAUCUGUGUCGGAUUGCUAUCUAUUCGGACAAUACGGCUGUGGGCGGAGUAGGGCUGACCAAUGUUGGCCUCACGAACCUGUAAUUAGCCGUUCAAUUCAAACACGCUUUAAAUAUUGAGAAACAACUUUCAAUGAGAUUACAAAAUACAAC